AUGGACGCCGAUCUGUAUGAUGAGUUUGGCAACUACAUUGGACCAGAAUUGGACUCUGAAGAAGAGGAGGAUGACGAUUUUGAGCAGUACAAUGCGCCGAACGACGAUGACGAGGAUGAGGGCGUUCAGAACAAUGAGUUGAUGGUUCUGGACGAAAAAGAUGACGAAGAACAGAUGCAGGUGGUUUUGCAUGAGGAUAAGAAGUACUAUCCAACGGCGGAGGAGAUUUAUGGACCUGAUGUAGAGGCACUGGUUCAAGAAGAAGAUACACAGCCGUUGACACAACCGAUUAUUGAGCCGAUCAAGCUUAAAAAGUUUUCUCAUCACGUCAAUGAGUUGCCGCUGACAAACUAUGAUUUAGAGUUCAUGACAGACUUGAUGGACAACGCCAACUUGAUUCGCAAUGUCGCCUUAAUCGGACAUCUUCAUCACGGAAAGACUUCAUUUGUUGACUGCAUCAUUGAGCAAACGCAUCCUGAACUUUCACGAAAGGAAGACAAACCGUUUCGCUACACAGACACUCUCUACACCGAACAAGAGCGCGGUGUUAGUAUCAAAUCUGCCCCUAUCACUGUCGUGAUGCAGGAUCUUAAAUCCAAGUCGUAUCUGAUGAACUUUUACGACACCCCUGGCCAUGUGAACUUCUCCGAUGAAGUUAGCGCAGCCAUUCGUCUCUGUGACGGUGCCAUCUUGUUUGUUGAUGCGGCCGAAGGUGUCAUGCUAAACACUGAGCGACUGCUGAAGCAUGCACUUCAAAAUGGACUUACCAUUGCAGUUUGCAUCAAUAAAAUUGACCGACUCUUACUGGAGCUAAAACUGCCUCCUCAAGAUGCGUACUACAAAAUUCGGCAAAUAUUGGAUGAAAUCAACGGCAUUAUCAAAGCCCACACUCACAUUGGAGAACCGCAGUUGAUUUCUCCUCUACUUAACAACGUUUGCUUUGCAAGCUCCCUCUUUAGCGUUUGCUUCACUUUGAAAUCAUUUGCCCAGCACUACUCUGAGUACUACGGAGGAGGCUUCAAUCCAACUGAUUUGGCCAGUCGCCUCUGGGGCGAUAUCUAUUUCAAUAAAGCCAACCGCAAGUUUGUGCGCAAAUCGCCUGGCAGCGGUACCAAGCGCAGCUUCAUUGAGUUCAUCCUGGAGCCCAUCUACAAACUGUUUGCUCAGGUGGUUGGAGAUGCCGACGAGACACUGGAGUCAGUUCUGGACGAACUUGGCAUCAAGGUGACGAAGAAGGAGAUGAAAAUGAACAUUCGCUCGCUGCUGAAGCUAGUGUGCUCUCGCUUUCUAGGCGACUUUAACUGUCUCAUUGACAUGUGCGUCAACGUGAUACCGUCGCCGCUGGAGAAUGCCAAGAAAAAGGUGCAGCACAUUUGGCGUGGGUCGGUCGACUCGCCCCUGGGACAGGCGAUGGUCACCUGUGACCCGGAGGGCCCGCUGAUGGUGCACACCACCAAGCUGUACUCCUCACAGGACGGCACCAGUUUCAAUGUUUUUGGACUGGUGCUUAGCGGAACACUGCAUGCAAAGCAGACGGUUAAGAUUCUGGGCGAGAACUACUCUUCACUUGAUGAGGAGGACUCGAGAAUCAUGCCGGUGGGAAAGCUGUGGAUCUACGAGGGGCGAUACUCAAUUGAAGUGAACCGUAUUCCAGCUGGAAACUGGGUCCUCAUUGAGGGCAUCGAUCAGCCCAUAUCAAAGACGUCUACCAUUGUCAGUCCUCAGUGCGAUGAGGAGCUCUUCAUCUUCAGUCCGCUAAAAUUCAACACUGAGUCGGUCAUCAAGAUUGCCGUAGAGCCGGUGAACCCGUCAGAGUUGCCGAAGAUGUUGGAAGGCCUGCGAAAGUGCAACAAAUCGUACCCGCUAUUGGCCACCAAAGUGGAAGAGUCGGGUGAGCACAUCAUUCUGGGCACUGGGGAGCUGUACCUCGACUGUGUGAUGCACGACUUAAGGAAGAUGUAUUCGGAAAUUGACAUCAAGGUAGCGGAUCCAGUGGUUUCCUUCUGCGAGACUGUCGUGGAGACGUCUCAAAUUAAGUGCUUUGCUGAGACUGCCAACAAAAAGAACAAAAUCACCAUGAUUGCCGAACCACUUGAGAAGGGCCUGGCUGAGGACAUUGAAAAUGAGGUUGUGCAGAUCAACUGGAACCGCAAGAAGUUGGGCGAGUUUUUCCAGACCAAGUACGACUGGGACAUUCUCGCGGCUCGGUCAAUCUGGGCCUUUGGUCCCACUCAAACCGGCCCCAACGUUCUGGUGGACGAUACUCUGCCCUCAGAGGUGAACAAGAGUCUGCUCAACUCGGUGCGCGACUCGGUAGUGCAGGGCUUCCAGUGGGCCUCACGCGAGGGACCACUCUGUGAGGAGCCAAUUCGAAAUGUCAAGUUCAAGAUUCUCGACGCGGCCAUCAGCCAGGAGCCGGCGGCUCGCGGCGGCGGCCAGAUUAUCCCUACGGCCCGUCGUGUCGCCUACUCCGCCUUCCUCAUGGCCACCCCGCGACUGAUGGAGCCGUACAACUUUGUGGAGGUGCUCGCGCCGGCCGACUGCGUCCCCUCGGUGUACACGGUGCUGGCGAAGCGUCGUGGGCACAUCACCCAGGACGUUCCAGUGCCCGGCUCGCCGCUGUACACCGUCAAGGCCUUCAUUCCCGCCAUUGACUCAUUUGGCUUUGAGACCGAUCUGCGCACUCACACCCAGGGACAGGCCUUCUGCUUGUCGGUCUUUCACCACUGGCAGAUUGUGCCCGGCGACCCACUGGACAAGUCCAUUGUCAUUCGCCCACUGGAGCCACAGCCGGCGCCUCAUUUGGCGCGUGAGUUUAUGAUCAAGACGCGGCGUAGGAAGGGCCUGAGCGAGGACGUCAGCAUCAACAAGUUCUUUGACGAUCCUAUGCUGCUGGAGUUGGCCCGGCAGGAGGCGUUGAACAUCUAA